AUAAAUUUGAAGGGAUUAUAGAAUAGGAAUGUGUACUUUGGGAUGCUAUUUACAAAAGAUUUCUGAAGACUACAUUCUUGUGACACAACCUAUAAACAACAUAAUCUAUUACAUAUCCGAUGAUAGAUCAAUAAUGAGGAGGUAAUUGUUUAUGGAAGAUGAAAACUAGUGAGAAAAUUAGAAAUCAAGAGUUCCAAUAAAGUGAGAUACUCACUAAUGUAGAGCAUAUAAAACAUCUUAAAUGGAUAGGUGAAGAUGGAAAUAAUUUAUUAAAAUUGGAAGGUGGACAGCCUUAUGGCAAGGAGAAGCAAUAAUUGGUAUAGGAGGAGUAUACUCAGAGGAUGGAAAUAAAUAAGGAGAAUGGAAUUAACUAUUCUAAAAUUUCUCCAACUGAUUGAAAUAUUUUAUUUAAAAA